AUGGCGGGGGACGGCAGAUGGGUGUUGGAUAUCAUUUGGCACACGCUGUUGCUCGGCGGCGGCGCCGUGGGCAACCUCUGGAGCAGCUGGUCGAUGGAGAUCCUGCUCGGCGUCAGCUUCGCGGCGCAGCUGGUGCUCACCGUCACCGCCGGGUUCCGGUGGCGCAGCGCCUCCGCCGCGCUGCGCCGCGUCAUCUGGCUCUUCUACGUCGGCGCCGACUUCGUGGCGACCACCGCGCUGGGGCACCUCUCCGUCAGCGGCACGGCCGGCAAGCGCCGCCUCGUCGCGUUCUGGGCGCCCUUCUUCCUGCUCCACCUCGGCGGGCCCGACAGCAUCACCGCCUACGAGCUCGAGGACAACCAGCUGUCCGCGCGCUACGUGCUCGAGCUCGUCCUCCGCGUCGCCGGAGCGGUGUACAUCGUCUACAAGUCCACCCAUGGCAGCUGGGCCUUGAUCUCGGCGUCCUGGCUGAUGCUCUUCGUCGGCGUGGCCAAGUACACCGAGAAGACGAUGGCGCUCCGCCGCGCCAACCUGGCCAGCGUCCGGAGCUCCGUGGAGAGGCAGCGCCGCCGGCAGCAGCGCCACCGCACGGAAGGUGGCGGCCGGCGUUCCACCAAGCUCGUGUUUGCCGGAGACGACGAUGGCGCCCUUGUGAUGAAGGCUCACGCGCUGUUCCACAUCUGCAAGAACUCCAUGGUGGACUCGUCGGUGGAGACGGCGUCGAACACCUACGACGCGGCGGCGGCGGCCGACACCAAGGAGACCCUCUUCCAGCUCGAGUGGCCGCAGCUGUUCAGGGUGAUGGAGAUGGAGCUCUCGCUCAUGUACGACUUCCUCUACACCAAGGCCGCCGUCAUCUACACCUGGCACGGCUACGCCAUCCGCGCCGUGUCGCCGGUGUUCACCGCCGUCUCGAUGGUCCUCGUCGAGCUCAGCAACGUAGGCGGCCACCACCGGCGAUCCGACGUCGUCAUCACCCGCCUCCUGCUCGUCGCCACCUUCCUCCUCGAGACGGCGUCGCUGCUCAGAGCCGUCGGCUCGUCAUGGACGGGAUUCUUGCUGCACCGUGGCCUCCGACACGGCUGGAUUCGCCAUGAAGCCCUGUGCGCGAGCCGGUGGCUCCGGUUCCAUCACGCGAUGGCCUCCGUCGGCCGGAUCGCCAACUCGCAAGCUCACCGGAAAUGGUGCGGCAAGAUGGGCCAGCUCAGCGUGUUGCAGCUCAUCAUCACCGGCGCCGGCAGCGACAGGGGGGAGAGCCAAGAUCGGUCAUGGGACAAGGAAUGCGCGCGAUACUCGGAGAAGAACACGAUGGUGAUCCCAGCUGAGGUGAAGGAGGUGGUCUUCCGGCGAGUGAGGCAGCAGCUGCUCGACCUGAGGGCGAGGAUGAACAGGGAGGCGGCGGACAUGGACCUGAGGAAGAUGGCGGCGAACUUGAGGACGAAGAGGGGCCAGCUCGCGCUGCAGGGCCGCAACCUUCUCGGCGAACUCCGGUGGAGCCUCGGCGACGAGCUCCAGCUGGGCAUCCUCACGUGGCACGUCGCCACCGAGAUCUACCUCUUGCUGUCCGGGAGAACCGCCGCCGCCGCCGUAGCACGGCUGGUGAGGACGAUCAGGACGCUGUCCGACUACAUGAUGUACCUCCUCGCCGUCCGCCCCGACAUGCUCCCCGGACUCGUCACCCGCAAGCUGUUCGAGCUCACCUGCGACGAUCUGGCCCGGGUUUGGUCCAAACACCAGGCCGCCGCCGCCGCCGCCGCCGCCGCCGUGCCGAGGAAAUUCUUCUUCCGGCGGCACAACCGGUGGCGAGUUUCUCCAAGAAUCAGCGACAUGAGGAGCUGGGAGGAGGAGGAGCUCGCCAAGAUGCUGAUCGAUCAAUGGCGGCGCGGACGGGACGACGACACCGGCGGCGGCGGCGGCGGCGGAGUUGCGCUAAACAAGUACCUGUCUCGCGGCGUGGAGCUCGCCAUGAAACUGCUGGACCUGGAGAGGGAGGGGAAGGCGGACAUGGUGCAGGUGAUCCUGGAGGUGUGGGUGGACAUGGUGUUCUACGCGAGCUACCGGUGCAGCAAGGAGGCGCACGCCAAGCAGCUGAGCCAGGGCGGCGAGCUCACCACCGUCCUGUGGCUCGUCGCCGAGCACGUCGGCCUCUUCCUCGUCGGCAAAACCGGCAGGGGAGUUGAAGAGGAUAACUGGAGGAGGAGGAAAGAUGCUAAACGAGGGCGCUGA